UACAAUGUUCGACAUCACUGGAGAUGGGACGACGAAAGCUGCCUUCGAUUCCAACACAACGUGCAGAGAAGGUCAGCGAAACGCCUCCCGCUCCGGUUUACCUCAUAUCAAGCACCCCAGUUGUAUCUCCGUCUCUCGAACGACAAUAUCAUGCUCAGGAUCCUCGUGCCUACUCACAACCCACUUCUCGUACUGCCUCUCUAAGCAGUCUUUCAUUAUCAUCCUCUUCAGCAACCGCCAACUGUCGCACGGUAGAUCCCGCCAUCCUUCCCGGAGCAGCGAUCAUCAAUGCAAAACCUAAAUUACUCCUUCGACAAACCACCUCUGCUGCAGCGGGUGAUCGCUCAACGGUACUGGGACAAGCAUCCGGUACCAAAAUGCCCAGCCCACUCGCUCGUGUUUUGCUGAAGAAGGAAUUGAAGGAAGUCUUGGAAAGAAGACGAGAAUCCUUGGAAGCUUGUGAAAUAGAGGCUAAUCAGAGGCAGUAUAUUGUACAUCGAAUGCUUAUUACUGGACUUUUGCCUGAAUACCGUUCCGUUGACAUCGAUAAUAUCCCUAAUGUGAUACCUUGUCUAUUACCUGUUGAACUUAUCAGUGGUGCUCGUGUGGUACCAAGUGAGGUACCCAGUACGACAACCUCAGUGACGACCACCUCCCUACCUGAACGUUCUUCUGUUCCACCCUCUUCAUCCUCGGUCCAAAUUGCAACCCAGGAAGUGGGUAUUUCCACUGACGACUUUUGUUUAGAACCGGAACUGAAGUCGGUCGGAGUACAAUCGGAAAGUUCUUUUGCCGCUGCAACUGCAUACACUGCCAUACCCAGCUCAUUCUAUCAUGCUGCUGCCACUUCACUUAGACGGCAAAUAAAACACGAUCGACUCAAUGCAUUCACUACCAGUACCGAUGCAACAGCGGUACUGCAACCGCGCUUGCGGUCCACGGAAACGCAAACAAAUGGCACCACGACCUAUGAAGCUCAUAGUAACCGAUCAUCCAGUCGCCGUCACUGUAGCACAGCCAGUAAUUUGUUUUCGGCUUCGGAACCGAAUUUGCUGGAAUCUACGGCAAAGUAUUUCGCGGAAUAUGAUAGGCAACUUCGAGAACAUGGACGACGAUUGAAGAAUCGAUUUGCUUUCAGUGAUGAUGAUCCAAUAAACAGGGAAACCAGGAAGCAGAGAGUUAUGGAUGAACUCGCGCAGAGAAAAGAAAAGAUUUCAUCUAUGAUUGACUUAUAUGCAGCAUCCAGUUUCCCAAUUAUUCAUCCCACUUCUGACUAUUCGUCCACUGUUCCGCAUUACGGAUCCUUGCCAAGGAUCGAUUUUCCUACAACGCGUUCUCCUCGAUCAAACGGACGUGACUAUAUAAAUCGUAAUCGUAGCCGACAUUUAUUCGGGUACGGAUCACUUCCACGGAACUAUGAGCGCUAUAUUGAGCGAAGUUAUGGUGAUGCACAGAGUGACCAUUUCCAAUCACUCCCAAUUCCAACAGGGCGGUAUGACGCUCCUCUGAGGUCCUGGCAUAGUGUGACUCCUACUACUGCGGAAGAUCCAAUUCUGGAUUCCAGAACGAGGCUUUACGCCACUCGGUCUAUGAAUUAUUUAGAUCCGUGGUUAUCAUAUCAACAACGUCUCCCUGAAUCAAGUGUAACUUUUGGACGUCCACUGAUGAAAGUUGCAUAUGAUGAUUUGUAUAGACCGCAGUAUGUGUCUGGUGCACGAGCACAGAAUUUUGAUGGUCCCCAAAGUCUACCCAAUACUGAUAUUAUCUCACAAUAUGCAAAUUACCUGAGUAAUCAAUUUAUCACUGAUCAACAAAAGCUGUUAAACGGCUCUCCGGCGGAGGAACGGUUGUACCUCAAUCAAGCCAAAAAACGCCCCUACUCUGUGCCUAGAUACAGGUCCUCGACCACCAGUGACCAAGCACUACCCAUGUUAAAUUAUGAGGAUCCGUUGUCUUCUAUGGAGGCUGAUCCAGCAUUGUUACGUCCAGAUCAACCAGUUCCACGCCCUAUUAUUCCUGAUCCUUAUGCAAAUUUUCCUUCUUAUGCACAAAGUGACCAUUAUGAAAACUGGCCGUGGUAUCAGCAACUCUCUUACGCGAAUAGUAGCGCACUUGAUAAUAAUGCAGUGCUACCUUAUUAUUCAAGUCAUUUUCCUCAGACACCGAAUACUCUCCCUGGGCCUUCACUUCUUGGUCAGGUAUAUAGCAGAAACGACACAAACUACGGCUCGAGACCUUCUCAUCAUGCUACCGAGUAUGGCAAUUAUUACCGGGACAAAGGAGCUCAUCAGCUGCGGGACUCUUCAAACAGGAAUUAUGCUGUAAGAAAUCACUAUUCUUAUAUUCCUUAUUCCACUCAGUAUCACGCAGGCAACCCUUAUCUGGGUAUUGGUAAACAAUCUUAUUCGCCAAAACAACCAUCCGUGUUUCCGGAUAACUAUCCGACGACCUCUCAACAACCUAGUCACGCUCUGAGAGCUUGGUCCAAUGGAAACAUUCCAAUGAACAGUUACGAUGCCGUUUAUCCAAAAGAAGAUGGUAUGAACCGCAUGUAUACAACACUGAGCAAUCAACGUCCUAUGCGUCUGCAACAUUACGGCAACCCUUAUCUGGGUAUUGGUAAACAAUCUUAUUCGCCAAAACAACCAUCCGUGUUUCCGGAUAACUAUCCGACGACCUCUCAACAACCUAGUCACGCUCUGAGAGCUUGGUCCAAUGGAAACAUUCCAAUGAACAGUUACGAUGCCGUUUAUCCAAAAGAAGAUGGUAUGAACCGCAUGUAUACAACACUGAGCAAUCAACGUCCUAUGCGUCUGCAACAUUACGGUAAUGGUGCCACCUCAAUUAUGUAUUCAUAG